CGAUCGCACGCACCGAAAAACUUUAAAAAGAUUAUUGGCAGCGACAAAAGCCAAUCAUGUGUGAACUUUGCAACGCAGCAUUACAUGAGCGAGCGUGUUCAGUUUCUGAGGCUGGACAUAGAAGAAGAGUUACAGAAGGAACUAGAAGAAAGCUUCGACCACGUAGUCUCAUCUUACACAUUUCACUGGGUGAAUUUGCAAGAGACUGCAUUCUCAAAUGUGUACAAGCUCCUUGCCGAAGGCGGCAGCUGCCUGUUAAUUUUUCUAGGAUAUUUCAAGCCCUAUGAAAAUUACCGUACACUUUCUCGUUUGGAAAAAUGGAGCGCAGAUAUAAAAGACGUCGAAACUAAGUUUAUGUCUCCAUAUCAUGACUCACAGGAUCCACAAAACGAAAUAAUAGAGCUCAUGGAGAGAGUUGGCUUCAAAAAUAUUAAUGUGAAAUUGCAUCAGAGAACCUUUGAUUAUGCUAGCGUUCAAGAUUUUACAAAUAUGAUGAAGUGCCUGAAUCCCUUCUAGGGUCUGACGGAUAAGUGGCACGACUUUAUGGAUGACUACGUGAAACUGGACCCCAAAGCGGGAAAUAUCAGCUAUCAGUUGUUAGUUGUUAAUGGUACAAAAUAAUAAC